CCAUAUGCCGCGAGUGUGGCCCUAAAAAGUGCCCCCACCCCCAAAAAAUUAAAUUCUAUUUCUGGAACUUCAUGAGCCCUGUAACUCUCUUUCCACUGUCCUAAUUGAGGCAUUCAAUAUAUUCUUUCUCAAUUAUGCAAUAGUUUCUUAACAGAUCUCUCUGAAUUCUGCCUUUGGCCCUCAAUUAUGGUUGCCUGUGCUAACAGUGAAUCUGCUAAAGUACGUAUCAGAUGAUGUUGCCUCAAAACUUUCUGGGACACUUGUUGCAAAUUAAAUAAAAUUCUAGCUCUGUCACCUGUGGUGGUAUAUCCUCUCAAAUGGGCCCAGGAUCCAUCUCUGCCACCACUGGCUAGAGCCCCUACCCCCACCACCAUCCAAAAGGGGGUUGCAGCCCCCUGGCUGGCCAGUUCUGCAGCAUUAUUCCUCUUUCUAGUUAUUAUUCCCAGACACCUCGCUAAAGGCAGCCUUUCCAACUAUUUUAUGAUUAGAUACGUCUUUCCAUGCUGAGAUAGCUGAUUGUUUGCUUCCCUGACAGAACCAUGACUGAUGUAAGGGUUCAUGAGCAGUUUGGGGUGAGAUUGUGCUGAAGGAAGAAAUACCUUUUAUGACAAGUCAGAUGAAAAUGGUUCAGAGGCAUCAACAUUUCAAGUUGCUCAGAAUCCAUCUGAAUUGCAGAAGGAAGAGUAGAAAUAAUAGGACCAACUCUGCCAAACCAAGUGUGAAUGUCAUGGGGUCACAGACUUUCUCGUUUGUACUAAGAUGUGCAGACAUAACGUGGCUUCAAUAUUUUUCUGCAAAGGGUCUGUGCUUCCCCCUGAGCCUCAUGUCACAGGGACUGGGGGAGGGAUGGUGAGGAGAGGCAAGGAACUCAACCUGCCUGUUUGUGGAAUUUCAGCCUAGAGAACACAGUUUCAUUCUGGUAGCAGCCCUGUCUUUCUGAUUCCUGCCCUUUCUCCAGAAUAUCUGGGUGUGCAGGGCUGUGUGGACCAACCAUCUCCUCCCCCAUCCCACCCCCUCCCCUGUCUCUGGCUGGUUCCCUGUGUGAAGCAGCUGGUCUGGCCUAGUCCUUGACCUGGGAAUUGUUAAGGUCGUGGUUCCCGUCUUGGGCUGAGACCCCAUGCUGUCACCGACUGAUCAAGCCUGUGCCUCUGGUCCUUGCCUCUAGCUGCAAACCCCCUCACCAACCUGCCUUGUUCUUCCUUGAGCUUCUGUUGCUUCUCCGGUCUUAGGACACUCACAGCCCUGCUACGGGGUGUGUGGGCUUCCUGAUCCCUGGCCCCAGAAGCUUCAGUGUAGACCUGGAGGCCCCACCUUCCAGAUGGAGCCCGAGGCUCCCAGCUUUCCUCUGAACACAUCUGACCUGCAUCCAUGCUCCCACUCCAAGCUUGCGAGGGAGGGGGGACACAGUACCUGUUCUCUUGGUCCUCCGUCUCCAGGGCUGGCAGGGGUGAGGUUUUCACUUCUUCCUCUUCUCAAUUAGGGAACUCCUCUCCCUGCCAAAUGUUCCAACAGCACUUCACACAAGUGGGCAGGACUUCGCGGAAGAAGGUGUAAUGAGAGAAGAGGAGACCCUUAGUGGGUGUUAAGGUGGGUGAGUUGUAAAGGGAAAGCUGGAGCUGGGGAUGCCUGGAGGGAGGGGAGGGCAGGAGGGGGAUUCAGUUACUCACCCUGGCCGGGAGGGGCAAGCAGCCCAGCCCAGCCCAGCCCAGCCCAGAACUCGGAGCCUGCGCCUGGAACCUGCCCACCUGCAAGCUUUGUGACCUUGAGUGAGUCACGUAGCUUCUCCAGGGCUGGUUUUCUCACUGGUGUAGUGGGGAUCAUAAUGGGCCUUACCUCAGUGGUUUGUUGUGUGAUAGGAAAUGAUGCCUGUGAGUGCCUGAAAGGCACUGGGCACAGGGCAGCCCCCGCAACCCCAGCUACCAUGAGAUUCCCAAGCCAUACACUUAUGAGGCCAGAGAGGGAAAGCCAGCUGUAAACAAGGCCAAGGGCAAGUGGCUCCCAUUUGAUGUUAGCUGGGAAAAGGUUGAAGGAUUCAGCUCCGCCUGCACCAUGAGGCACCUGUGAAGCAGGAGUGGAUACAGACAACCAGAAAUGGAAAGUGAUGACGCUGGAGCCCUGGAAGAACCGGAAAUGAGGCCAGACAAACUCGCAGAAACGAAUGAAGAAAGUCCAUUAUUACAGGUUCUGUCCAGCCAUGUGACUUUCUUGGUCCCAGCACACAGCCCGGAGGCCUUUGUCCAUGCCGUCAGCAGCAUUCAACACGUACCUGCGGAGGGAUCUCAAGUUCCAAGGGCCAUGGACACACUCACGUCUGAGCAGGGCAGUGACACCCUCAGUUCCCCAGCCCAAACCAUCCUGCCCAAGCCUGGGGACUUUCUCAAUUCCUCAGCAAAAACCACACCAUCGGAAGAGGCUGAUACCCCUGAUUCCCCAGAAAAAAACAUCCUGCCCAAAGAGGGUGACAUUUUCAAUUCCUCACCCCAACCCGUCUUGCCCAAGCAGACUGACACCCCUGAUUCCUCAACCCAAACCAUUUUACCAAAGCAAGGUGACACCCCCAAUUCCCCUGAAAAAAACAUCCUGCCAAAAGAGGGUAAUAAUCUCAAUUCCUUACCCAAAACCAUCCCACCCAAACAAGCUGACACUACCAAUUCCCCUGAAAAAAUCAUCUCAUCCAAGCAGGGUAAUACCCGCAAGCUCUCAGCCAAAACCAUUCUGCCCAAACAGGACGAAACCCCAAAGUUCUCAACCAAAACCGUACAGCCCAUGGAGGCUGACAUCCUCAAGUCCGCAGAGGAAACCAUGCAGCCCACAGAGGCUGACACCCUCAAGUCCCCAACUCAGUCCAUACCAUCCAAGCAGGGUGACACCCCAGAGUCCUCGGCCAAAACUGUGCAGCCCACAGAGACUGACACCCCCAAGUCCCCAACUCAAACCAUCCCAUCUAAGCAGGGUGACACCCCAAAGUUCUCAGCCAAAACCACGCAGCCCAUGGAGACUGACACCCCCAAGUUCCCAACCCAAACCAUGCCAUCCAAGCAGGGUGACACCCCAGAGUUCUCGGCCAAAACUGUGCAGCCCACAGAGACUGACACCCCCAAGUCCUCAACUCAAACCAUCCCAUCUAAGCAGGGUGACACCCCAAAGUUCUCAGCCAAAACCAUGCAGCCCAUGGAGAAUGACACCCCCAAGUUCCCAACCCAAACCAUGCCAUCCAAGCAGGGUGACACCCCAAAGUUCUCAGCCAAAACCAUGCAGCCCACGGAGACUGACACCCCCAAGUUCCCAACCCAAACCAUGCCAUCCAAGCAGGGUGACACCCCAAAGUUCUCAGCCAAAACCAUGCAGCCCAUGGAGAAUGACACCCCCAAGUUCCCAACCCAAACCAUGCCAUCCAAGCAGGGUGACACCCCAGAGUUCUCGGCCAAAACCAUGCAGCCCACGGAGACUGACACCCCCAAGUUCCCAACCCAAACCAUGCCAUCCAAGCAGGACGACACCCCAAAGUUCUCAGCCAAAACCAUGCAGCCCACGGAGACUGACACCCCCAAGUUCCCAACCCAAACCAUCCCAUCUAAGCAGGACGACACCCCAAAGUUCUCAGCCAAAACUAUGCAGUCCACGGAGGCUAACACCCCCAAGUUCCCAACCCAAACCAUUCCACCUAAUGAGGCAGAUGCCCCCAAUUCCCCAGAAAAAACUACCCUCCCAAAAGAGGGUGACAUUCUCAAUUCCCCCACUAAAAUCAUCCCACCCAAGCAGACUGACACCCCCAAUUUCUCAGCCAAAAUCAUUUCACCCAAACAGGCUGGCACCCCCCGUUCCCUGGAAAAAACCAUCUCACCCAAGCAGGGCAAUACCCCCAGUUUUCCAUCAAAACUCAUUUUGCACAAACAGGGUAAUACCCGCAAGCUCUCAGCCAAAACGAUUCUGCCCAAGCAGGAUGACACCCCAAAGUUCUCAGCCAAAACCAUUCUGCACAAGGAAGCUGACACCCCCAAGUCCGCAGAGGAAAUCGUCCAGCCCAAGGAGGCCGACACCCCCAAGUCCGCAGAGGAAAUUGUCCAGCCCAAGGAGGCCGACACCCCCAAGUCCGCAGAGGAAACCGUGCAGCCCAAGGAGGCUGAGACCCCCAAGUCUGAAGAGGAAACUGUGCAGCCAAUAGAAGGCGACAUCCUGAAGCCGACAGAAGACAUGGAGCUCCUGGAGGUGGACCUGGUGAAGGUGAUCCUGACCAAGGAAGACUUCGACGUGGCGCUGAAGGAAGCCGGCGAGAGGCUGGUGGCCGUGGACUUCUCAACCACAUGGUGCAGGCCCUGCAGGGCCAUGAAGCCCAUUUUCCGAUCCCUGUCUGUGAAGCACCAGGACGUAUUGUUCCUGGAAGUGGACGCCGAUGAGUGUGAAGAGCUGGUGAAAGACCUCAAGAUCGUUUGCAUCCCAACUUUUCACUUUUAUAAAAAAGAGGAAAAGGUGGGCGAAUUUUCUGGCGCCCUUAAGGAAAAGCUGGAAGCGACCAUCACCGAAUUAAAGUGAUGGUGUGUUCCAAAAGCACUGGGCCCAGUGAGCUGCUCAUAGCUUGUGAUCUUUUUGUUUACAAAAGAAGAUGAGGUGUCACAAA